AUAAUCCUAAAAAGAAAAAGAAAAAGAAAAAAUCUCCAAAAACAACACCUAAUUCCCAAUUAAUACCUAACAACUUUUGAUCCUUUGAUUUCAUCAAAUCUGAAAAAAAUCCUUUCAUUUCUUUGUAACUGAUAUAUUAUUAAUAAUAAUAGAACAAUCUCAGAUCUAAAUUCAUUCAUUUCACAUCAAUCAAAUAUUACGAGUACUACUUUUAUAAUUAUCAGUAGGUCAGCCCUGCGUGGUUUCUGUUAUGACGUUGCUGUUGUUGUUAUCACGCUGAUUACUUUCUGGCAGCGUGCAAAAUGGAUUCAGAUGAAUUAAGAGAGAUUCUAUCAAAUUAUAGAUUAGAUAUAUGGGGAAUGAUAGAUACAGCAAUAACCUUAGCUGCAGCAGAUUACCCACUUGAGCUAAAAAACCGGAGAGACGGAAUUGUGGAGCGCCUUUAUAAUAAUAAUAAUUGGGGUGUGAAAAAUGAUCAACAGCAGGUAAAUGAGAAGGAGGUCCAACAAGCUGAUUCUCCUUAUACUCCUCAGUCAAUUCCUCAACAUAAUAAUAAUAAUAAUACUAAUAAUAAUACUACAAAUAAUAAUAAUAAUGAUGAAGAUGAGACAGUAGAUCCGUAUGGCGGAUUGUUUGAUGACGAAGAUGAUGAACAAAUCAAGAUUCUUAAUAUUAAACAACAACUUGAAGACCCUCAUCAGAGUGAUGAUUCUGUGGUGGAGUUGCUUCAAACACUAGCUGAUAUGGAUCUAACUUUCAAAGGACUUCAGGAAAGUGAUAUCGGAAGGCAUGUGAAUCGACUUCGUAAGCAUCCGUCAAGUGAAGUGAGAUCAUUGGUUAAGCACCUUGUGAGGAAAUGGAAAGAGUUAGUCGAUGAGUGGGUUGGUUCCAAUAACAAUAAUGAUCAUCAAAAUUCUUUAACAGAUGGUGACUCACCUUUGUUGCAUAAUGUAUCACGUAAAGCGCAUAACGGUAGUCAACAGGGACAUGAUUCUGGCUACUCUCCUAAUCCACACAAUUGGAGUCCUGCCCCUGAAAGGAUCACUAAUGAACUAGAGCAACGUCCAAAAAGUGUGGUUCCCAAGAGAGAAACACCCUCAAGACCAGUAACUCAGCCCCAUAAAUCCAUGACCGCUUCUGUUUCUACUCCUCAGAACCGACCACGCAAAGAACAAAGCAUUGAUUCUGACAGGCUAGCAUCGGCUAGAAAGCGGCUUCAAGAGAACUACCAAGAAGCCCAAAAUGCCAAAAAGCAGAGGACAAUACAAGUGAUGGAUAUUCAUGAGAUACCGAAGCCAAAGAAUGGUUUCAUUGCCAAGAAUAAAGGCAAUUUUCAUGGAAGGAACCAUAGAUGAUGAUGUUUCCGUUUCCGCCAGGGUUUCGCAGAAAGCUGUGUGCCCUUGUGACACUUUCACCAUGCCCCUCUUUGCAUUCUCAACAUAAAACUACUUUUAUCUUAUAUGGUGGCAAAGUCUAUUUUCAAAAGCUAAACUUACUGUUCUAUCCCAUAUAUACACUAUAGUGUUAUAUCUACUGCUUUUUGUGAGAUGUGAUUCUGCAAAUCACUUGGGUACUUCAAAGCUAUUCGCCAAGACUUUGGGUUUUGGAUUAUUUUGGUGUAAAAUCUAUAUGAUUUCAAAUAUCAAAUUUAAUUUUUUGGAAUUUAUGUCAUUUCCGUUUCUAAUAUAGAAAAGAAUAUUUUUUGUUUCGAA